GAUAUGAAACGUUUGCGAUUUGUCCAAUUUAGAUCUGAAGCGAGUCCAAGAUACGGCUAUCACCCGUUAGGUCUGUCGCACGGAAGUGCGAAAAAAAGGUGCCGAAUUUUUAGGUGCAUUUCCUGCCAUUUUUAUUUCUCUGUUAUUCUGUUUCCACACGUAGGCUAGCAAAUCAGAAGAUCGUCUGGUUGGCUUCCCUGCUAUUUGUUCUUUCUGCGUUCUCUAUAUGUCGAAUCAUUUCAAGACUCUGGGACUUGGUCGAUCUAUUGUGUAUUCCCGCAAGCUUGGUGCUGUGGCCGUAUUUCCAUCACUGCGGCUCCCUUCGUAACCUCGUCCGCGUCUGAGCCAACCGUUCACGUGCAUGUAUUUGUGCCAAGCCCUGCAGCGUGGCACGGUGAGCGACGUACGUCCCAACUCGCGAGUGCAGCUUAACACCGCCACAACGACAUUGUACGCAUGUGUUUGGUCGGUUCGCGAGUAUUAGGCGCAGGUGUAAGGAAUACGCAGCCAGUGCAGCGGAAAAUGGCGAUAUUCUAGCCUUCGUCCCUGGCAUCGCCGAGAGCGGCAGGACACCCUCUGAUGAACCAGAGCUGGCGGUGUAUGAGUGUACAGCUGCCUGUCGCGCCUCUGGGAAUUCCACUCCCCGUUGAUCGUACGCGCGAAGUACAGCGAAGGGACACGCGGCGCGCAAGAAUAGCUCGCCGAGGGCACACUCCGUGGGACUCCCGCUGAGCCGGCGGCGCGUAGCAACCCGUUCCAUUCGGCGCUCCUGAGCCCCAGGGCCGCAGUCGCGUGUGCCUUCCUCUCUCGGUUCAGCCGGGCACGUCACCGGACUUGGCCGCGCAGGCCCACUACGCGCGAGCCAGUGCUGCCUGAUAACUAACUGUCUGCAUGUGCGCUGCACGGAUCCGCUCGAUCACCGUCACCCACGUGCAGCAUUUCCGUUGCUGCACUGCGCCGUCCUCGUUCGUUCUGCUUUCGCCUGCCAAUGACGUUGCCGAAUCGCCGGACCAUGGGCUGGGUGAGCUGUGAUGCGGCGCACGUCCAGCCUGGCGACUGUCUGCAUCAUCGGCCAUUGCUGUUUGCGCUGAACUGCCCUUUCCUGAGCGGACGUUGCAUCGUACAGGCUCAGUGAAAACCCAGCAUGCCAGAAACUGCGCCGUGACAGUGAAAGUGCCUAGUGCAAGUCCACCGUCGCGAGCCCUGGCAGCUUCCGAUCCACCAGCCUAACGGUCUUAGCGCGGCGUGGACCCCGCGCAUGGAGUGGGCCGGUGACGUGAGCAGCCGUGGUGGUACCCACGACAGCUGCCAUGAAUCGCUACUCGACGGACUGUGCCGGUCUUGUUGGCGCUAUGGCGCCCGUGAUGUGCGAGUUGGCACUGCGAGUCAGAGGCUUUUCGGACAAGUCAUCAACAUCGCAUGACUACUACAAUGACGAGGCAUUCAAUCUCGAGGACGCUGUCAACCACAAUGACGACACUAUGGUGGUCUUCGAUUUUCCUGUAACACCUCGUCGAACACGUGAAGAGGAUGUUUAUGAAGACUUAUGCUACGUCACCCUACGGGUGAAUGAGCAACGAGGCCUUUGGCAAGUUUGGCGAGUAUGAGUACGAGGCAGUGACCAAUGAUGAUGAGGACAUCUACGAAGACCUCUGUGCAUUUCGGAGGGUCCAGGUUCCUGCAGCUGCUCCCACUGCACCUUUAGAAAAGAGAGACUACUGUAUCAAAGAGCUCAUAGAAACUGAAAAGAACUAUAUUGAGGCCCUCAAUAUGAUUACACGUGAUUUUAUGCGCCCUUUGAAAGAUGUCCUGACACCUGAAGAAAAUGAGAUUAUUUUCAAGCACAUCAAGGAACUUGCAGAAACUCAUACGGGCUUCCAUGCAGACCUGCAUAAGGCUUGCUUAUCAUCUCAGCACCUCAAAAUCAGUGAAUGCUUUCUUCGCUGGAAGGAUAAGUUUAUUGUGUAUGGCGACUACUGCUCCAAUCUACCUAAGGCUCAAGAACAAAUUGACGAGCUUUGUUCCAAAAAACAGCUGGUCAACCAGUGUGUAUUGAACUGCCAGCAAAAGGCUAACGAUGGAAAAUUUAAACUACGUGACCUACUUUCUGUUCCUAUGCAGAGGGUUCUCAAAUAUCACUUGCUAUUGAAGGAGCUCAUGAAGAACACUGCUGAGUCGCAUGAAGACUAUAACGGUUUGGAGAAGGCUUUGCAAACCAUGCUCGAUUUGGCUCAUUAUAUUAAUGAGGUGAAGAGGGACAAUGAGACUCUGCAAAUUAUUGCUGACAUCCAGGCUAGCAUCACUGAUGUGGAUUUGCCCCAAAACAUGGAAUUGAAAGACUACGGAAGAUUAUUGAAAGAUGGAGAAUUGAAAAUUAAGUCACAUGAUGAUAACAAUAAAAUUAAAAAUAGAUAUAUUUUCAUUUUUGACCGAAUGAUGCUAAUGUGCAAGUCCACUAAGAUCAUGGAUAAACUUUUUGGGGGAGAGCAAUACAUCUACAAGUCUUCUCUGGCUCUUUGUGACUACAGACUCGAGAAUGCACCAGCCAAUGCAAGAAUGGCAACUCGGUAUUACUGGUACCUGGUCCAUGUUGAGAACAGAACAGCUUACACGAUGUAUGCUAAAACGGAAGAAAUGAAAAAGAAGUGGAUUGAGGCCAUUGAAAAGGCAAUGGACAACAUUAAGCCAUCGGUUGCCAAGUACACAGACCACCACUUUAUGAUGCACACAUUCAAGGUUCCCACUUACUGUGCAGACUGCAACAAGUUGUUACCAGGAAUUUUCUUCCAAGGCUAUAAAUGUACAGUGUGCGGUCUCGGUGUACAUAAAGUUUGCAUUGGAACUGUGCGGUCCUGUGGUGCCCCCAGUCUACCUCCGCGGCCCAGUUCCCACCUUGGUUCACAGUCCUCAACAGAUGAGCCUACAACUCCCCCACGGCCACAUCAUGACCAUGGAGCCAAUGGAAUUCGCUUUUCAAUUUCUAUAGCAAAGGCCAAACAGUCAUUCACCAGCUCCAGCCUUGGGUACCUAUCAUUUGCUGCUGAUGACGUCAUUGAAGUUCUCAGAAAAAUCAGUAGUUCCAUUUGGGAGGGCCGCCUACAAAGGACAACAGAAGAGGGCCUUUUUCCUGCUGCAUGUGUUGAAGAGCUGGACAAGCGGGGCUCAUACGAGUGCCCCGCACCCCUGGGCAGGAGCUACAGCUCGGGACAGCAAGGCAUGCAGUCGUGUGCACCUCCCUUGCCCCCAAGUCGCGAUGGCUACGUCAACCUCAACCUUGAAGAGUAUCCCUGGUUUGCUGGCACCAUGGAGAGGGAAGGUGCUACUGCCCUGCUGGAAAAGUCGCCCAGUGGCACCUUCCUGUUGCGCAUAAGUGCCAAGCAGAAUGGUGGCUAUGCUAUCAGCAUAAAUUUUGACAACCAAGUCAAACAUAUGCGGGUCUGCUACGAUGACAACCAGUUUUACUUAUCCGAGACGAAAAUGUUUCGAAGCAUAGUGGAGCUAGUUUCAUGGUAUGAGACUCAUAGCCUGUCGGAGAGCUUUAAGGGACUUGAAAUUUCCCUUCUCAUUCCAUUUAAAAACGUGGUCAGUGCACCAAUCACGAAUGGAACAGUGGAACAUUUGGGGCAUGCAGUGGCAUUGCACAACUUUCAGCCAACAACAGAAAGCAUGCUGGGUCUGGUCAAAGGUGACGUGGUCACAGUGCUCAGCAAAGCAGGCCAGGAAAAAGGCUGGUGGAAAGGUCAAAUUCAGGAGCGUGUUGGCUACUUUCCCUGGCAGUAUGUGCAAGAGCUUCCAGCUACCAGCACUGAGUGCUAACUCGUCUGCCUGACACUUCAAAUUCUGCUAGAAAUUUGUGGCUGCCCAUUUAUGGCCGCAAAUUGCAGAGAGCAAUAGGAGCAUGUGUGGCUAGCAAUUGUGUAUUUAAAGGUGGAACAGAUACUGUGGAUUUAAGAGUGAACCUUACUUUAUGUUAUAAUUGCAUGGGAAAUCAUGUUGCACAUGGAAUAUUGCUCUGUUUGUGUGAUUUCUGCUUUGUUUCCUUUAAAUGUCGUUGGCUUUCUUUUGAAGCACAAUAAGGGACACAAAUUGGACAUGCACUAACUUCUUUUUCACUGUUAUGCUGUCUCAGUGAUGACUGUGUGUAAAUGAUGAGCUAAUGCAUGCUCUGUACCUCAGUAUACUUGACAACCAGGCCUUAUUUCUUAAUCCAUUUUAUUUUAACUUCAUCGAUGAAAAUUCAGUUUUUGAGUUUUUUUUCUCCCCCAGGUGUUGUUCAUACCAUUUUGACAGACCGGUUAGCCAGGAGAUGUAGUGCUAGAGAGAACACCCUUCUGGGUCAUGUAAAUAAGCUCUCUAAUCUCCCUUUCCUCCCAAACCCCAUUAAGGACCUGCAACUUGUAGUCAAAUUACAUAUGCAGCUUAUCAUGCAUAUAAUCUUGCAAACUUUCACUCAUGAUGAGGUGAGCCUGUGUGUCGAGUCUGCAAAAUUUUGAUGCUGAACUGGCACUGAGGCUAUUAACUUUUGUUGAUUUUUCACCUGGAAUGUGGCUGGUAUUUUUUUAACUACUGCCAAUAUUUUUCUGCAUUAUUGAACAUGGUUGAUUUGAGACCAUUCUGGCUGUGAUGAAGCAGGCACACUAAGCCAAGCACUUGGUCAUUGUGAACAAUAAAACCAAGUCUACAUAGACAGCUUGUAAAUUGCACUGGUUGGUAGUUGGCAGCCUGCCCACAGGGCUACACAAUCAAGUUUCCUGUAUGCAGGCCACAUUCUUUCGAAUCUCUUAUCUAUUCAUGCCAUUUUUUUCCCUUGUCGUCCACUGUUGUGAAGGUGCCUACAGAUGAGCAUUAGCCAUUGAGCUUGCUCAGUGAGCAUUCUAAAGCAUGCGACCUGAUAACUAUUCUGCAAUUAUUGCUGUCACAACGAAUAUAUGAUGUCUUGAUAGAAUGCACUUUGUGUUACUCCCAUGUCCUGUAUUAUGAGUGAGAGAAGUUGAUGCAGGAACCUCAUUUAUUAGUGCUCUCAUAGCGCAUUUAAGUGUUUUAACUCUGAUAACCUAUCAUGCAUGUCAUUGGCCUUAUGUAGUUACCAAAAAAAGCUAGCAAAUAAAAGGAUAAGAGCACAGGAAAUAGAAAUGUAGACAGGACAGCACCCAACAUUUACCGUUAAGAAAAUAGUCAUUCGAAAAUUGAGAUAUUCAUUUACUGUCUUGCCAUGAAACCGCAUGCUUGUUGCGGAGAGCAAACCUGCGCAUGGUUGUUUCAGUAAAUGGCUGUUUGAAAAAUCUUAAUGUUUGUCACUGCUAGCUUGUUGGCAUUCUGCUUCUUGUGCUCUUAUUUCCUUUUCAGGUCUUGUUUUCUUGUGUUUCUCUGCAGUCAUGUAUGAGGUUGUCCACUUCUCAUUGCUUGCUGUGGUCUUUCUGGUUGUCCAGUGAAUCCCUCCUAGUCAUGGCUAUUAGUCUUUUUUUUAUCAGCUUUUAUAUUAUUUAACUCUUAUACCUUUUUGAUGGCUUGUACUAAUUAAUGAAUUUUAUGCUACCUUGCUUUAUCUUAUCUGCAUUAGAUGUUCGAAAACCCCUGUUCCAGUUAAUGAUGAAGUUUGAAUGGAAAGUUUCAUAUGGAAUGUUUGGCUGCAUCAUUUUGCUAUUUGUGCUCUACCACAAGCUUAAAUGAGGCUUUUUGUUGAACAAAUAUAUUUCAUGUUCCAGAAUAGAUAUUCAAAUUUCGUUGCAUAUAACAUGAAUGAACAAAUCUGUUGCCAAGUGUAAAAAGUAUCAUUAAUUUUUAUCAAAGUAUUUUUGUCUAAACUAAACUGGUGCAUAAGGGCUCCUUCUUACUGUGCUCCAAUGUUGGAGGGAAAAAAAAAGUUUGCUCACCUGGCUGUUAGGUGCAGCUGACACAAUCUGUGGCUUUAGAAUUGUAUUGUGACAUCAGAAGCAGAUUGGUGCUAUUGUUGCUCACAAGUCCAUCAUUGAAAUGAACACAGACCUAGCCAAAAAAAAGUCUGCAAUGGUGAGAAUUGUGUUUGCCAUUGUGGCUGUUUAUUUGCCUUGGGUGUUGCCCUCUAGCCACAACUGUACAGUACCAAAAGCUUUGCUGGCCAGCCACCACUAGAUGAGUGCUGAUCAUAGUUAAAGGAGUACUGGCAUGACAUUUUCAACUUGUCAUUUUCUUGCAUUAAGUGAAAGUCUAAGCCCUAGAAGAAGUAAUGGUAAGUGUUGGAGCACUCUAAAUAAUUUACUAUUAUAAUUGUCUUUAUAAAAUAGUUCUGCUACCCAGGAGGUGGAAGUGUCAUGAUACACUGACUUGCUUCAUUCUUGCAAUCGCUGCAGCUGCCACACAAGAGUGCAGCCAGAAGAAACAGGCACAGCACUAGAACGACAUCGUGACACCUAGCCUUAUUGCUACGCGAUGUCGGCAAAUUUAGCUGUGCCAUAACGUCACAAUUUCGAUGACACCCGGUCUAGCAUUUCGAGAUCAACUUUGGUACUUGUUUCCAGGCGUUCAUACUUUCCAUCACCCUUUUACAUGUGAGAAGUAUAUGGUACAGUUUCUACAACUCUGAAAAUGUGCCAGUACUCCUUUAACCAGAAAAUAGCAACCCUCCUCAGCACUUUCUUUUGCAUCAUCUAUAUGAACUGGUUCUUGCCGAGUGUGGCUUCUGCUGCUGCAAGUGACUGAUAUUACGAUUGAGCCGGUGAAAUUUGCAACUCCCCUUAGUGUAGGCACUUGUUGUGUGAUGUACCUGAUCUACUCUUUUGCUGUAGCCAUUGCCGCAGUGUGUAGGUAAGCCUGUAUUGGCCCACCGACUCCAUCAAAGGUGCUGUGCAACCAGCCCUUCUUUCGGGUGUCAUGCAGUGCCUGUACUAAUGCUGUUUCGCACUCCAGAGGGAUCACAUUUAGCUUGCCUGCCGCAAGUGUACCUGCUCUACUUCUUCAUUACUGGCUUGACUUUUUUUUUAAGGGUGAACACUACAGCAAUUCUGCUUUCUUGACGUUGCACCCUUCUUGCACGACCAUUUUGUAGUGCACAUUGCAGAUAGUCCUGUGCACCUGCUGGAGGUUUGCAGUUUUACUCCUGUGUGUCGGCCUGCGGAGAGUCUUGCAAAGAAAUUUUCAAUGUAACAUGUCCGAGGAAGCAUGUGAAUUUUCCUUUCCCCUCUCUCUAUAACAAUUACAGCAGUCAAAACUCAACCUGUGAAUGCCACAAGCUGCUGGUUGCAUUUUUGUGCUGCAUAAGGUACAUCCUGAUAGUGUCCAAUUGCACAGCUUUGAGAUCACCCCUGUAUACCUGACGUUCAUUCUCAAGGUGCCAUUGGCAUUGACAAUACACUUUUUCUGUAUAUAUGCACACAUAGAUGUUUAGCUAUUGUAUUGUGACAACUAUUUUGUGCUAGAAAAAGAUCAUAUUCACUGAAGCAUUGCUUGAGCAAAAAGGUUACCAGUGAUGUUAGUUAGGUUAUCCACAUAAAGAAAAAGGCUAGUGGAUUGAUGUUCCACUAAGAAAAUGCAGGUUGCCAUUAUUUGUCUAUUUUCUUGGCACAAUUUCCUACAAUGAAUAAUAUGUCUCAAAGACACACCAACAUACUGCACUCUUGUGCAAGCCUUGCCUGUAAUCUUGGCGAUAUUGUUAAAUGCGUACUAUGUUAUAUGUUCUUUUACAUGGUUUGAGUGCUUGUAUGUCUGUUAAUUUAUCUUCAAAGGGUAGUCCUGUUUUAUCUUUUCUACGAGAUCUUUUUUUGGUAGUGAUGGUGUUUUAUGAUCAAUGAGUGAACAAUCACCUAGAAUUUUUAAAAGUAUGAAAAGGCAUGUUUUGUCACAUUUAAAUCUUUUGUAGCAUUUCGUGAAGUCCAAAAAAAAAAAGAAAAUCAUUAGGAAGAUAGAGCAAUGUGCUAUUUCUUUUAGCCUCAACACAGUAUAAUUAUUCUGUAACAGCAGGUCAUAAGUGAGACAAGUCCCAACUAAUUCUUUGAACAAUGCUGUUACAUGUGUGGUUAAAGCAGUACCGACGUAACAUUUUCAACUUUUCAUUUCUUGCAUGAAGGUGCUGGAAUUCGAAAGCCUAGAAAACAUACUGGCGAGCCUUGGAGUGCUCCAAAUAAUUUACUAUAAUAACUUUCUACAAACACAGUUUUGUUGUCUCCCAGGAGGUAUGUGUGAUGACACAGAAGGUGGCCACAUGCGAGCUGGACAUUGCAAAAUUUGGCACUCGCUUCAGCUCGCUCAGUUGUCUGUUUAUUAAAAAAUGAAAAGUUGAAAAUGUUACGUCAGUACAUUAUGAUUUAUCAGAACUGGGGCAAAAAUUUGGACGAAUUUUUAAAAACCAAUUGAGGUGUCUCAAUCAUCCCAAUGUAUGGAGGACAUCAUUCAUAUGCUCUAACCAAGAGCCGUCCAGGAGAUUCAUAUUUUUUCUAGCCUGUCAGGUGAUGUACGUGCCAAAUGCGUCAUGUGGUUACUGUGCCAACAUAUAUUAGAGCAUGCAUGUGUGUAUACAGAGCUAUUGCAGGGACAAGAGGGCACAUCUCAUUAGCUCGAGCCAAUGUAUGCUUUGUUUGUGCCUGUUUCAGUGCCGUUUGCCUGUUCUGUUAUUCAGCACUUGCACUGAGUAAGUCUAAAGUCAGAAGGCUCGCACAAUGUGUGUAUGCUUCAUUAAACACAGGUGUCAUAAGAGCAUUUUGAUCUAUGUAUAAAGCAGAUAAGUUCAAUAUCUAUAUUGAUUUUGUACUAUAAUGCUCCCAAAUCAAUGCUGAACAUGUAGAUACUGAUUGCUAUGUUAUUUGUUUUGAGCUUGUUUUGGCAACCUGAAUUUAUCCCCAUGAAAUAUUGCCACUGCAAUUCACAAUUUAUUGUUGUAUUGUUUUUGUUAAAGUAAUAAAAUAUUUUUUUUCUACA